AUGGUGGUCGAUAUUUGCUGCUUUGUCAAAGACUCCAUUGCCAACCUUGACAUGUCAGGGGACAAAGCACCGCUGGUGGCAUGGAAACAGAAUUGCAAUGUCAUGCUGUGUGCCCUGAAGUGGUUGGGCCUCCUGUGCAAGUCACGCUUGGCCAAACUGGUGCUGCUUCUCACUGGCCGUGUGGUGCUGCUCGCCGAUGUGGCCUUGGCCUAUCUGGACAUGCACUUUGCAGAUGAUUUGAAGCCGCACGACGUGCAGGGUGGGCCGGUACUUUUCCUACCACAGCUGCUAAACGUGCUCACCGUGCAGUUUUUGCACAUGAAGCCGGUGCCUCCUGAGUGCGCACGCGAGAUGCAGGCCACUUUGGCUUCCUAUCUUCUUCUCAGCGGACUCGCGGAGAAGCUACGGGACCUCUUCGGCCGAGCCGAGAUUCGUGGCCUCAAGUUUUUCGACGGUGCCUCACCGUUGCCGGUUCUGCUGUUGCGGGCGAUGUGCUUUCUGGAAACUUUGGUUUCCGCCUAUCGGAUGCAAGAGGCCAUGCACGAGCAGGUCCUUGACAUCUUCCGGAGCACGGAGCUUUUCGGUGUGGUGGGCAUUCUUGUGUCCAUUCUGCUCUCAGAGGGUCGACGUGAGAAGGGCGCCAAGCUGCCGCAAACGGUGGUAUCCCUUUGCAUGCAGGCAUUGAGGAUACUCAACACCAUCGCGGGCAUUGACCUUGGAACCUUGCAGAAGACGCUGGGUGCUGGUCAGCAGCAGGAGUUCUAUCACUUGCUGGUUUCACUGCUGGACUACUGCACCGGGCGCCUUCCUGCAAGCUUGACCAAGCCGGGCGCAGGUCAAGCAGAGGAGAGCGACUUGCUGCACGAAACCGUUGUUUUGCUGGGCUUCUACUGCCUGGAAGAGCCACGGAACCAGACCAUCCUCUGCUAUGGAGAGGGACAGGCCCUGCUUGCGCGAUUGGCCAACCUGCCACUCCACUACUUCAUGGACGAGCGAGGUAAGGCCAUUCUCUUCCCGACCAUACUGGCUUCCUGCUUCAAGUCUGAACAGAAUCUGGAGGUGCUCAGGACAGAGAUGAAUUUGUCUCUCGUGCGCAACUUCCUUGCCGCACAGAUGGAGGGAGACGAGGUGUCAGCAGAUGGCCUGCCAGCCCUCGCCUGUCGCUUUCCUCGCACCCUCUGGCAGGAUGCGCUGGGCUUCUUUGGAGAGCCUGCCCCAGAGGUACCUGCAGUCUAG